AUGAUGGGAUGGUGCAAUAGUAUACCUACCACCCCCUCGCCGGUCAUUUCUUCUGACCACUCUCCCUCUCUCUCUCUCUUUCUCAGGCCAGGGGCGGAGAAUUGGCAAGACCAUUGGACACCCUCGUACUUCCCGAUAUGUAACCGUGUUGAGGUUCGCGCGGGGGACUUGGUCCGCAUGAAAGUCACCCACUCGGAACUGAAUAUCAUGUUUGAGGUGCUAGCGGUUGAAAAAGAACCCGAGCAGCAGCAACAGCAGCAGCAACAGGAGAAGGUGGAAAAAACAGCGGCUAUUGAAGGCACCAAUGAAGUUGCAGACGUUCCUACCAAGGCUGCAACCCUGAAGCGCGACCGUUCUCCGGGAACCGCAGAGGAAGGCCCGAGCCGUACCCUCGCCACCACCAACGGGACCAGGGCCACGCGAGAUGUCGACGCAGACGGGUACCGCAUGGAGAAGGAGUGGGACCCAGAGCCGUGCGGGUGUGGCUGGCACGUGCUCUGCAACCCCGAGCGCAUCGGCAUGCUCACGGACGAGCACAGGCGGGAGGCGUACCGGCUGGCGGUGGCCGAGCUGCUCCGGGGCCUCCCGGGGGGGCCUGGCACGGUGCUGGACAUUGGCGACGGGGCCGCCUGCGCGUUCUUGGCGGUGGGAGAGGGCGCGGGAGCGGCGGUUUCGUACGAGCCCGCGGAGUGGUCGCACCUCUUGGUCGGACAGGUAGCUCGAAACAACGACCUGGAGCAGAUGCACCUGCUCGAGGCGGCGGACGAGUGGCCUUUUCUGAGGGGGGUGAUCGGGAAAGGAGGAGAUGACGACGGUGGGGAGGAGGCCGCGGGCGAGGGGCAACAGGAACACCUGCUGUGCGAUGCCCUCGUAGGGGAGCCGUUCUACUACCGGAUGCAAUCCCUGGUGCUGUAUGAGGCGAUGAACUUCUGGUACCUUCGACGAGUCUUCAACCCUGCGCUCAAGCCGGAUGCUAGGGUUCUGCCGAUGAGAGCGAUCGUCUGCGUAGCUGGCGUCGAGCUCGCCGACCUCUCUCUCAGCCACGGUCCCGUUGGGUCCGUGCUGGGCUUCGACCACGCGCCGUACGACGAGCGUGUCCGCCCCAGGUGGCACGAGCUUUUGUACCCGUACCCUCUCAGGGCGUACAAGCACAGACUGCUUACGGAUGCGCAAGACCUGCUAUCAUUCGACUACACUUCUCUGCCGACGGACGUCGAGUCUACGGCCCUAGUAGAGGUGCAGAAGACAUCCCGGUUUUACGUGUACGGUGCAGUGGGGAGCUCUUCAGCCGUCCAGUGGCCGGCUUUCGAGAAAUCGACAACCGCUGCUAGUACUUCAGCAGGUUCGCGUGCCAAAGGUAGCAAGAAGGGCGCCGUUCAGCACAAGAAAGCGUGGGCGCAGACGACAGAGAUGGCUUCCAAGGACACCGACAGGGCUUUGCAUGUUCCUGAGGAUAUGGAUGCCGACGGGCUGGCCGCGGCGGUAACCAAGCAGGGAUCGCUGGUCAGGCAGAUGAAGAAGGAUGGAGCGGCGGCGGAAGCUAUCCAAGCGGAAGUCGGAAAGCUGCAAGGGUUGAAGGCCAGCCUGGCAAAGGCGACGGCUGCUGUCGAGGCAACGAGCACCUUUGACGGGAAAGCCAUGGACGAUUUGGUGAUCCGGCGCAUGUUCGUGGUUCCGUCGUUCGAGAUCCACGGAGGCGUGUCCGGUCUUUACGACCUCGGCCCUCCCGGGUGCGGCCUCAAGGGGAACAUCGUGUCCCUCUGGAAGCAGCACUUCAUUCUGGCGGAGGGCAUGCUGGAGAUGGAGUGUACCAACCUCACCCCCGAGAACGUGCUGCAGACGUCCGGGCACGUGGACAGAUUCACGGACCUGAUGGUGAAGGACACCGAGACCGGAGAGUCGCUUCGUGCUGACAAGCUCUUGGAGGACAUCAUCGACAAGCUCCUCGCUGAAAGUCCCGCUAUGCCCACGGCGGAGCGUGAGGAACACCUUCGUGUGCAGAGGAUGGCGGACGCGUACAGCGCGGAAGAGCUCGGCGAGGUGCUGGACAAGUACGGUGCCAAGUCUCCGCAGAAGAACGACCUGACCAAGCCCUUUCCCUUCAACCUCAUGUUUAAGACUACGAUCGGGCCGGAGGGCACGCAGGUGGGAUUCUUCCGCCCCGAGACUGCGCAGGGUCUCUUCGUUAACUUCCGCCGACUGCUGGACUACAACGCCCAGAGGAUGCCCUUCGCCGCCGCUCAGAUCUCCCCCCGUGCUGGAAUCCUGCGAGUUCGCGAGUUCUGCAUGGCAGAGAUCGAGCACUUCGUUGACCCCAAGGACAAGAAGCACCCCAAGUUCGCUGCCAUCGCGGACAAGGAGCUCGUGCUAUUCGGGCAGGACGCCCAACUUGGGACCGGCAAGACGAGCAAGAUGACGAUCGGGCAGGCGGUCAAGGACGGUCUGGUCGACAACGAGACGCUCGGGUACUUCAUGACCCGCACACAGCUCUUCUUGGAGAUGAUCGGGAUGGACCCUAAGCGCAUGCGGUUCCGACAGCACCUCUCGACGGAGAUGGCUCACUACGCCGCCGACUGCUGGGACAUGGAAAUCCAAGUCUCUGACGGCUGGACCGAGUGUGUGGGUCACGCCGACAGGUCGUGCUACGACCUCGAGAUGCACUCCAAGAAGACCGGCGUGGCAAUGCUGGCGUCUUGCAAGCUCCCGGAGCCCAAGGUUGUGACGGAAUACAAGCUGCAGAUCGACAGAAAGGCGCUCGGGAAGACCUUCAAGGCAGAGCAGAAGAAGGUGAUCGCCGCGCUGGAGGCACUCUCGGAGAAGGAGGAAGACCUGCUGGCGUUCCAGGCGAAGCUGGAGGAGGAAGGGAAGGCGUCCUUGGGGGAGGGGGCGGUCUUCGAGAUCACCAAGGGCAUGUGCUCGUGGACGAAGGGCUCCAAGAAGAUUUCCGAGAUCAAGUUCACGCCCAGCGUAAUCGAGCCCUCUUUCGGCAUCGGGCGUAUCCUGCACUCCCUGCUGGAGCACAGCUUCUACGUGAGGGAGGCGGAGGAGGGCGCAGACGACAAGGACAUGAAGAGGGGGGUCAUGGCGUUCCGUCCCCUGGUCGCCCCCAUCAAGUGCGCGGUUUUCCCCCUGAGCUCUCAGGCCGCGUUCUUCCCACUGUGCGGUCGCGUCAUGGAUGCCUUAGGAAAGAUGCACCUCAGCGCGAAAAUGGACGCGAGCGGGGCUGCUCUCGGACGACGGUACGCGCGCAUGGACGAGCUCGGCGCGCCCUUCGGGGUGACCGUGGAUUUCCAGACGGUGGAGGACGAGACGGUGACGCUGAGGGAGAGGGACAGCAUGACGCAGAUCCGAAUGCCUAUGCCGGACGUGGCUCCGCUCAUGGCACGGCUCGUGACGGAGGAGGUCGCGUGGAAGGAGUGCACGUCCAAGUACCCCGUCGUGCGAGAAGAAGCCGAUGACAGCACCAGCGCCGCCGCCGCCGCUGCGUCGGCAAAGACGGCGGCCGGAGGGAACGCCCUGACGACAGAAAGCACUCCCUGCGGCAUGUUCUCCAGACCGACGACCCCCAUCCAAGUCAAGCCUUGAGAGUCUCGCGGCCUUGACACGGGGGUGCCACAUGGUGUCGUCGUUUCCCUUCUUGCUUCGCCUCCCGUUUUGUUGUCCAGCGAGUCGUCUGGGAGGGUUGCUGCUUGGUUGUUCGAUCUUGUAGCAGUGUUUUGGUGUAAGGUUUCGCGAAUGAAUCUCAUGUUUUUUUUGCGUCGGAACCUGUACAAGUAAGGGGAGGCUGCGUUGAGUGUCAUCCAAUGAUUCCAUGAGUUACAUGGAACGCAGGUACCCACAAGGAACGCAUCAGCAGGUAGGCAUUGCUAGUUGUUUACCGGCGGGUGGGACGUUUUAUUUUCAGCCGGGGUUCCUAGUGCCCGGUGUCACGGUGCCGAGCGCUCUGUGUCGACCAGCCAAUCCAUUUGUUGGACGGAUCGAAGCCCGAGCAAACUAUCUGCAUUGUCGGAACUGGGUAUUGCUCUCAGUGUAACCAAAGUAGGCGUGGUUGAUGCUGGCUGCUGCAACGACAGCGGCGCACUGCGCUGGCUGCUCUUGGACGGUUUUAUCCCUGUUCCUCCCGUUAAUCACUUGCAGAACAAUC